UUUCCCGCAGGUAUGGUUAGGCUAGGCCUAUGUCACUGCUCUGUUGGAUUUAGCCUAUAUUCGUGUCUAUUGAACCAUUCAAAUUACAGCUUAACAUUCCGACUGAUUUAUGGAAGUGUUGUUUGAGAUCAAAAGCUAACCCAUUUACCCAAAAAAGAAGUAAAAGAAUAAUAACGCUUAUUCGCACCAACCUAUUGCGUCAGCUACCUGGAAACGGGAGGAAAACGUUUGAUCGUUCUGGUUUUUCAUCACUACGCAAUUAGUGUAAUGAAGAUGAUUUCAAGUAACGUCAGUAUGUAGUGCAAUGUUCGAAUGGUAUCUGCAACUCUACGAAGAUCUGAUGGAAGCGUUAUGUUGAUAAUCAAGGUGUGCAUGAUGAGCGGAGGUGGGUCUGGAGGUGAAGGGGGCCCUGGGGUAGGCCACAUCAAACAGGAGGAUGGGGGAUACCCUACCCCGAUCCCAACGAACCACCCAAGGGUCCGACAACCUUCCUGUUCGUCACCAAACACCACAGCUCUGUACUCACCAUCGACUACCGCCAUUCCCUCAGAGCUGGACUACAGUGAGUGCGGAGAUGAAGCCCAACCAUCUCCGAAACACAUGAAGCUUUUUACGGAUUCCCCCCCAAGCCCCGACCGUCAGUUCUGCUCGUCAACGACGUCCAUGGCCAGUGAUUCGGCGAACACGCCCUCUGAGAGUUUACGUGAUGACGAUGCCCCGAAGAGGCUGUGUCUAGUGUGCGGCGACAUCGCCUCCGGCUUCCACUACGGCGUUGCGUCCUGCGAGGCGUGUAAAGCCUUCUUCAAGAGAACUAUCCAGGGAAACAUCGAAUAUACAUGUCCAGCUGCCAACGAUUGUGAAAUUAACAAGAGAAGAAGAAAAGCGUGCCAGGCGUGUCGAUUCCACAAGUGUCUUCGCGUAGGCAUGUUGAAAGAGGGAGUCAGGCUAGACAGAGUUAGGGGAGGUCGGCAGAAGUACAGACGAACGUCUGACUCUCCCUUUUCUAUGCACCAGAUGCCCGUCAAAAAAGCCUCUUUAGAAGAUAUCAAGUUAUUAGCAUCGCUACGAGCUUGCGAGCCGGAGUCGCUGUUAGCAAUGCCAGAUCCUACGGUAUCAGACACUGAUUAUUUGACCAUAUCAACAUUGGCAGACCUUUAUGAUAGGGAGCUGGUCUCCACCAUUGGUUGGGCCAAACAAAUUCCAGGGUUUACAGAAUUAGCACUGAAUGACCAAAUGCGUCUUCUUCAAAGCACGUGGGGCGAGAUCUUAAUUUUGGGACUCGCCUACCGUUCUAUGCCAGCUCAUGCUCACACACUCCACUUCGCUCAUGAUUUCACGAUAGAUGAAAAGCAAGCAAGGGAGUGUAAUGCCACUGAGCUUUUUACACAGGUUCUUGGUGUUGUUGAACGAUUGGAACAGUGCAGUAUAAAUCGGGAAGAAUUUUUGCUUCUGAAAGCACUUGUUUUAACAAACUCCGAUGUGCGACUCCAAGACAACCAGGCUCUUCAGCGUCUGAGACAAAAUAUCCUCCAAGCAUUACAUGACACUGUGGCAACUCAAAGAUUACGUGAUGGGGUUGUCCAAAUGCAGUCCCUCUUACUGUGCUUACCUUCUUUGAGAGCAGCAGAUGCUGCAUUGAGACGGUACUGGCUUUCUGUGAGGCACCAAGGAGCAGUACCCAUGAACAAAUUAUUUGUGGAAAUGCUUGAAUCACACAUGCGGUGAAUAGAAUUCUUGUUUUAAAGACUUGAAAAAUGCAUUGUAGUGCAGUGAAAGUUAUGAAAUGUGAUGCAAAAUUUGAGUGAAAACCAUACUGAACUAAACCAAGAAUUUUAAAAAUUCUAUAAGAUUGAAGAAUUGUACCACAUUCUUGUGCUUUUCGAGUCUUCCGCGAAGCAAGUGUUUUCCCAGCUGAGUGGGGGUUAGCCAAGACAUUCAGUUUUUGUUAAUGACUUUUGGAGACUUUUUAGAAGAAAUGCUUUGUCCAGAAGAAAACUGAAGAAGAAAUACUUUAAACCUAGAGUAAAAGCUUCUGUGUUGUCACAUUCUCAGGUCAUGUUGGCAAUUGUGUUCAAACUAAACAAAAAAGAAAAAGAAGUGUUUAGAUUAAUUGUAAAUACAAUUGUUAUGCAAAUAAUACACCCACCGAGCUGAAUGUUUGGUGAUGUUUGUGACAUGGUCAGCGAAUUUGUUCAGUGCACAGUAAUCUGAAGCUUUUGACAGAAAGUAAGUCUAUUGACUCAUAUAUUUGCUGAUCUCGCCUCACUGUUGGCAGUUGGCUCAGGAAUAAGUAAUACCACUCCAGCUGUGAGUUUCAAGCUGAAGUCACUGCUAGUAAAUUACUAUAUGUUCAUAAAUGUAUAUAGUUGCAUAAACAUAUAUAAAUAUAUUAAUCUUUGUAUCUCAAAGGUCUGUUGGCCUGUGGAAGAGUACAACUGCUUAAGUAAGAAGAAUCCAAAUAAAGACUGGUUUGUGCUGUCCUUUCACUAUUUGAAGUGACUAUUGUUGUGUCUUUUUUAUAUGUUGUCAAACAAUGAAGUGGAUAAUGGAGCCAUGGAGAUUAACUUUCCAAGUUCUGGUGAUGACUGUACAUAAGAACAGUCAACAGUCAAUCAGGUGCUAGUUAUGAAUAAAUAUAUACAUUUCGCUGUUCACAAAGAAAGUUUGAUGCAUUGUUGAUGGAUCUAAUGUUUGAAUGUCUUUAUCAAAGGUUUUUCUUUGUGUUUUUAAGGUUAACAAUAUGAUGAUGAGUUCUACCUUUCUAAAUCUCCCUGACUUUUGCCAAAAUUUUAAACAGUUUUCGGUAUCUAUGUUAGUCUCGUAACAUGUGAAAUGUCAUGUAAAAGCAUAAGUAAGUUGCCUAAUAUUAAUGUUAAUGAUAUGCAAAGAAGUAAAUCCCUGUAAUGCACAAUCAUUACCACCAGUGCCAUACUGAUGGCCCAAGCACAGCAUGUUAUCAAAAAGGUGAAGACUUUCUUUGUUGCAAUCUAAAAGGUGGAUAUUUCCUUUGUUUCAAUCAAGAAGUUGGAGAUUUUCUUUGAGACUCUCAACUGCAGUGAAAAAGGUGGAGACAUUUUGUUACAGUCAAGAAGGUGGAGACUGCUUGCAUGCUGAGCAAGAGACAUAAAUGGGUACUCACUGUGUUAUCAGUAGGUUAAAUCAUGUGAAAAAUAAGAAUAGAUAUGUUAAUAAGAAAAGUUAUAGGCUAUAAAACAAAUUUGUUUUUUAUGAUUGGAGUCAUCGUCAUUCAGUUACUGUAAUAUGCUAAUUUUAUUUCUAAUUACUCAGAAUUAUCCUGAGUCUCCUUAAUUCCAGUAGGUUGCAAACGAUAGACUGAUUGAUACCAAACUUGUUUAGCUUGUUUUCACCCAUUUUUUUUUCAAAUUUCAUAGAUCAAACAUACAAUGCAAAGCUUUGUGAUGUCUGUAUUCCAUUCAUAAUAAUUUAUAGGCUAUAAGCAUUACUGCUUUACCAACUUUAAGGAACAAGAUAUUAACUUCAAAACAAAAUUGGUAGCAGUGAAACAGUUGGAAAUUGUAUGAUUUUGCUUUGCCAGAAAUUGGAAGGAAGUUAAAAAGAAGUGUGUAUGUUCAUGGUCUAAUUUUAUUAUAACUUUUAGUAAAUAAGAGGAUAAAGAAGCUUCAAGUUUGUGAUAGACAUCAAUUUGUGCAAUAAGGUCAUGAACUGUCCUUCAUGUCAUGCUGAGUUAUACUGUAUAAUAUAUAUAUAUAUAUAUAUAUAUAUAUAUAUAUAUAUAUAUAUAUA